AUGGUGGACGUCUUGGCCGCCACGAGCGCGGACGUGCACGCGGUCCUCUCCCAGCGCGCGUCCGGCCCGCUCUCCGGCCGCCGCGAGCAGGUGGCCCGGACGCUCCGAGAGUUUGUCGACGCCAACGAGGAUGCGCGCGCGUCGCCCAACCUCAGGGACGAGCGUCGGGACGAGUUGGGGGGUAUCACGUCCCUGUUGACGGACGGUGACCUGCCCGGGGACCAGGACUUGGCGUUGCUGGCGCUCAAGACGCUCAAGAUCCUGUCCAGGAAGGAGGACAACCGCCGGAGGUUCGGCCGCGAACUGUGCCGCGCCGUGGUCCGCCUGGCGCUGACCCAUCCGAGGGCGUCCCACGCGGUCACCGCGGAGGGGGCGAACGUGGUGUUGAACGCGUGCUACGAGAAGGAAAACGUGGAACACGUGCUGGAGUGCGGCGGGGUCCAGCCGCUGGUGCGAAGGGUGGCGGACACCGGCGAGAGUUGGCGAUGCCGGUCCGCCGCGGCUGGCGCGGUGCAGUCGGUGUGCUUCCAGGCUCCCGGUCGGUGCAGGGUGAGGGACUGCGACGGCGUGGCCGCGCUCGUCGCCCUGAUGAAGGAACUGGACCGACGAGAAGGCGGCACCCGGGACUCAUCAUUCACGGACGACGAGCGUUCGAUGUGCAGGGCCCGCGUCGUCGGCGCGUUGCACAACGUCAGCGCCGACGACGACGCCAUCCGGCUGGUUCGAUUGAGCGACGGAGUCCCUCACCUCGUUCGCGCGUUGGGUGACGUCGACGACGUCGUGGUUAACUCCGCGGCGGGGGCGACGCAGAACGUGUCGAGGGAACGGGCGAGUCGGGCGCUGUUCCGACGGCACGGCGCGGUGGAGGCGCUGACCAAACUGCUGGCGCGUGGACGCGACCCCGCCACGCAGGCUCGCGCCGCGGGGGCGCUGCUGAACUGCCUCGGACCCGACCUUGACGACGGACACGGGACCACACGCGGGGAGAAGGCGCGUGCCGACGAGGGGGACGACGGGAGCGAUCACACACCACGGACGGGGGAGAACGAGACGAAGGAGAACGCUUCGGGCGGGUCGAACGAGGGGGAGCAGGCGCCGUUGGGUGUGAGGGGGAGCAGGUCGUCGGGUUCGGGUCGGGUGCCGGCGGAGGGGUCGGAGCGCAGGGCUCUGGGCCGGCUGCUGUCGUCGGCCAUGGCGCUCACCGCCGUGUGGGACGGGCUGUUCGAGACCACGCCCACGUUCGAUCCGAAAGUGUCGGCCUAG